AUGUUUAAAAAACUCACCAAAUUCAUUGUAAAUCAAAUGGAUCCACGCAAAGAAUUGGUUCCUGUUGAAAGCAUUGCAGACCAUGAGCACUUCAGGCCUCUCUGUCUACUGAAAAAAAAAAAAAAAUCAAACCGCAUAUUCCACCGAGCUCCCUACUACCAGAGAACAGGCUUCACACUGGAUGAUGUGCUGCUGUCUGGAGAGGAUGGUACAAGAACAGAGUCCCUCCAUCAAGAUUCCAACCAAUUCACUCUCACAAAAGUCAGAGCUGAUGAAGUUGAUGGAGGUCUCAGCAUUUCAUUUGAUCCUGCAAGUGUAGAGCUGAAAGGAGGUGCCUCCUUGUCCAAAGGGUUUUCUGUCAAGUCAAAGAAGAACGGCAUAUCACAGCAAUCCCUGGAGGCACUGAGAAGAGACAGGAAAAUCAACAUGGAUCACUCCUUCAUCCGACAGCUCCAGAGAACAGACAUCAGGCUGUACGUGGUCACUGAAACCCUCGAGGCCUCAGAGGAGGCCGUGUACGAGGAAUCCACCAAGGCAGAUGGGGGCUUCAAGGCCAAAAUUUAUGCUACACUUUCUGCAAAGGGCACCAGAGAGAACAACCAAGGUAUAGUGAUACCGAAGGGCUGCACACUGGCCUUCAGGACCAUCCCACUACGCAUUAGAGAUGGAAAAUGGGAAAAAUUAGAAGAAGUGAGGACAGAAGUUGAAAAGUCCUGCCGAAUUUUCCCCGAGUUGUCUCCUGACCUGCUGCUCACCAUCUUAAACACCAUCAAAGCUGUGAUGAGAGAUGAGAAACUCCUUCAAGAGCUCAGCCAGAAAAUGGAAGAAGUUCUUGAGGAAAAUGAUGGUUAUGAGCUGAAAACUGAGAGCCCAGAUUUAAAAGAACUCUUCAGCACCUUGCAGCAAUCCCCAAGACAUCGUCUCCUUCAGCUGGCAGAAGGAAUCACCUACGUCCUUGAUGCUUUGCAGGAGUUAAUGGAGGAUCAGCUGCUGCUGCUGCUGGAAUCCUUGGAAAGGAAGAUUGUUUCCCAACAGCUGAAACUGGUUGAAAACCUACUGAAACAUGACUUGGAAUAUGAGAUGAGGCCUUUCCCUGUGAAUGCCAGGCUGCUCUCUUUCCAACACGAGGAGGACCAGAUGUUAACCAUUGCUCUGGUAGAGCUGAGUGGAGUGCAGCUCCAGAAAAAGGGAUCAGCUAUCCCUAGGGAUGAACCCUUCGAGGCUGUGGCAGCCCUGUUUGUGGCCCUGUAUGCCCUCAAACUCCUGAGUGGUUCCAAGUAGGAGGUGCCUGGCCCUGCACAGGGAACCCUUCUACAAGAUGUUGGGAAAUCUCUGCUG